AUGGCGUCAGUCGCAUCAAGGACGUUCGCCGUCACCGGUGGUGCAUCUGGAAUCGGAGCAGCUACUUGCCGCCUACUCGCCGAACGCGGGGCGGCCGCUAUCUGUGUGGGCGACCUUUCCCAAGAAAACUUGAAGCAAUUGGAAGAGUCUAUCCGAGAAAUCAAUCCGGCGACAAAGGUUCACUGCACAGUCCUUGACGUAUCUUCGUCAUCGGAGGUGGACAAAUGGAUCGCGGACAUCACCUCUACAUUUGGUGAGCUGCACGGAGCUGCUAAUAUCGCAGGUAUUGCCCAGGGUGCUGGUAUUCGACAAUCCCCAACGCUUCUCGAAGAGGGGGAUGAGCAGUGGAAGAAGGUCUUUCAGGUGAACCUCGAUGGUGUGUUCUAUGCCACCCGGGCGGAGGUACGGGCCAUGAAGGAAUUUGCUUCUUCUUCACCUGGCGACCGCAGCAUUGUCAACGUGGCCAGUAUAGCGUCUGUCUCCCAUAUGCCAGACGUCUUUGCCUAUGGUACCUCCAAAGCUGGCUGUGCAUACUUCACCACCUGUGUUGCGCAAGAUGUGAUACCACUAGGUAUACGAGCAAAUGCUGUUUCCCCUGGAAUUACCAGGACGCCGAUGUUACCGCGAUUUGUGCCAAGCGCGAAGUCUCAGGAGGAGGUGGAGGAAACGUACAAGAAAGAAGGAUAUUGUGUCAUUGAAGCCGAAGAUGUCGCGCGGACGAUUGUGUGGCUUCUAAGCGAGGAUUCACGACCGGUGUUCGGUGCAAAUCUCAAUGUUGGCGCCUGUAUGCCCUGA